AUGGCAGACACAGAAGGGGGAAAUCAAACAUCCAUCACAGAAUUCAUCCUCAUGGGAUUCGGGAAUCUCCCUGAGCUGCAGAUCCUUCUCUUCCUGCUGUUUCUAGCAAUCUGCAUAGUGACUGUGGCUGGGAACAUCUUCAUUGUUGCGCUAGUUGUGGCUGAUCAGCAACUUCACACCCCCAUGUACUUCUUCCUGGCGAACUUGUCUUGCUUGGAGACCUGCUACACUUCCACCAUCCUGCCCAGGAUGCUGGCCAGUCUCCUGACUGGGGACAAAACCAUUUCUGUCAGGGGAUGUAUGACACAAUUUUAUUUUGUUAGUUUCUUUGGGGCUACAGAAUGUUCUCUCUUAGCUGCAAUGUCUUAUGAUCGGUAUUUAGCAAUAUGCAAACCACUGCACUAUGCAGUCCUUAUGAAUGGCAGCUUAUGCCUUCAGCUAGCAGCUGGGUCUUGGAUAAGUGGGCUUCUGGCUGGCACCACACCAAUGUCCUUCAUGUCACAGUUAUCUUUCUGUGGCCCCAAUAAAAUUGAACAUUUCUUCUGUGAAUCUACAAAAAUAAUAACUCUCUGCUGCAGUGACACCUACCAGCUAGAGCUUGUAACCACCAUCCUGGCUGCUUUAUUCACCCUGUCCCCAUUUGCAUUAACCCUGGCAUCCUACGUUUGUAUCAUCUCCACCAUCCUGAGAAUCCCUUCCACCACUGGAAGGCAAAAGGCCUUUUCCACCUGCACCUCUCACCUUAUUGUGGUGACAAUCUUCUAUGGGACCCUAAUCAUUGUGUAUCUGCUACCAAAAACCAACACACUGAGAGACCUCAACAAAGUGUUCUCUGUUUGCUACACAAUUCUGACUCCUAUGGUCAAUCCCUUCAUAUACAGCCUGAGAAACAGAGAGGUCAAGGAAGCCCUGAGAAAAAUUGUCAGUAAGUGUCGAGAUCAGUGGUUCUCAACGUUUUUGGACUCGGGACCCAUUUGUGUUUAUGGCCUGUUGCGACCCAGUAAAUAG